GACUGACGCUGCCCCCCGUCCCAGCCAGCUCCCCCCCCUCCCUCUUUUGGCUCACACACACAGUGUUUGUUUGCUGUGUUUAAGCCUGAGGUGCUGCUGGUGGAGGUGGUGGUGUUGUGUUGGUGGUGGGGAGGGGGCACUGCCAGGGCAGAGCAGGGGCUCCGGAGAAGGAGAAGAAGAAGAAGACGGAGAAGAAGAGGAAGAGGAGGAGAAGAAGAGGAAGAGGAGGAGGAAGAAGAAGAGAGAGACAAAGUGGAUCAGAUCAACAGCAGCAGACUGAACGCUGGAAAUGCCCGUCAGGUCUGAGUCUGUCACCCCGUCAGCCAAUCAGAGCCUUCGUUAACGUCGGCGUCGGCGUGUGAUUGGGGGAAGGAUGGCAACACAUGCCGUUGUCAGUGAGGGGAAGUGUGUGAGUGUGGAGUGGGAUUUCCUACAAGGACUACUGGAGCCUCACACCCUGCCCUGUCUUCAGAACCUGCGUAAAGAGAAGUCUCGUAGGGCUCGUUCACGGCGGGGGAAGGAGAACUUUGAGUUCUUCGAGCUGGCGAAGAUGCUGCCUUUGCCCGGCGCCAUCAGCCAGCUUGACAAGGCCUCCGUAAUCCGGCUGACCAUAAGCUACCUGCACAUGCGCACCUGCAGCCAGGGAGACCCGCCCUGGAGCCCACUGAUGGAGGGAGAAAACGAUUGUAGUGAGGUUAGACGAUCAUCUCACUCUCUAGCGACAGACAUGUUUGAGCAGCACCUUGGGGCACACCUCCUGCAGGUAACGGAUGGCUUUGUGUUCGUGGUCAGCCAUGAGGGACGCUUCCUUUACAUCUCAGAGACAGUUUCUAUCUACCUGGGUGUUUCUCUUCAGGUGGAGCUGACCGGCAGCAGUGUGUUUGACUACAUCCAUCCGGCAGACCACGUGGAAAUGGCCGAGCGGCUGGGGAUCAAGCCACACUUGAGGGCGGAGGCCGGCUGUCAUAUGGCCCCUGAGAGUGCUUCCAGCUCUGCAUCCACCUCCUCUCUGGCUGGUACACCUGAACCUGCUCCAUCAAGUCCUCAUUCUCCUUCCGAUGAAUCUCCCGACCGUGGGUUCUUCAUCCGCAUGAAGUCCACACUCACCAAAAGAGGCCUGCACGUCAAGUCUUCUGGAUACAAGGUGAUCCAUGUGACAGGACGUAUCCGCUGCCGCCCCGCACUAGUGCCAGGCUCAACGCGCUCCGUGCGUCGACCACUGGGUUUGGUCGCCUUGGCACACACACUCCCACCCACCUCGCUUAACGAAGUCCGCAUGGAGAGCCAGAUGUUUGUCUUCAGAGUGAACAUGGACCUACAGGUCACAUACUGUGAGAACAGGAUCUCAGAGUAUAUGGAUCUGACCCCGGCAGAGGUGGUGGGACAUACCUGUUACCAUUUUAUUCAUGUAGAGGAUCUGGAAAACCUCCGGCAGAGCCAUGAGGACUUGCUGCGAAAAGGCCAAGUGGUGACAGGCUACUACCGCUGGCUCCAGAGGAGAGGAGGCUACCUGUGGAUCCAGUCCACUGCCACCGUCUCCAUCAAUCACAAAGCCCCCCACGAACGCAACGUCAUCUGGGUCAACUACGUCCUGAGUCGAACAGAGUUGCCCGACACUCCCCUGGAUAUCCUGCAGCUACCAGAGAAUGUAAGAGCAGAGCGACUCAGAGUUAGCUCCUCCCCCGCUGCCAGCUCCCCACAGGCCCGAGGCUCGCAGUCGACAAAGAGCUCAGCGGGGAAGAGUGACCCUGACACUAAAGGUAGAGAGAAAUUCUCAGCCUCCACCAUCCAAUCAGAGGACAGAAGGAAGCGCCUGCUGAGGUCCGAGCCCGAAGGCGCUCCUCCAGAAACCCGCCGCAGGAUGGAGGAGCUCUGUCACGUGGAGGAGAGCGUCUCAGCAUCUUCUGACCUGGCCAGCGAGAGUGAGGGGGAGGAAGAGGAAGAGACAGAGUGGGACCAAGGGGGAGACAGUGACAGAUUGAAACAGGAAGACAUCAGCAGGAGAGGAGGUAAACAGAGCAGAGGGGGAGGAGGAGACACCCCAACUCGAGGCGGGGAGAGGGGGGGCCGGGCGCACAACGGCCGGGCUGUGAUCCAGCAGCUAAAGAGCGUAGUGACCCCGUCUACUCUGCCAGGAAGCCCCAGCAUCAAGACUGAACACGAAGCCCUGACCACCGGGGGGCGCUGGGGGUCACACACACAAACCACCGCCUCACACACACACAGCACACAGCCCUCCCACGCACACACACCCUCCAGCAGCCUCAACGGGGACAGCCCAACCACCCCGAUCCCUGACUCUUCCUCUAGCAGUGAGGCUCCUCCAAAAGGCCUCUUCACUCCCCCCUCCCCGGCUCUGUCACCAGCCAUGUCUGUGUCCUCCCCUCUCCCCCGUGACGACAGGGUGGUGUCAGGUGCGAUCAGUCGGAGCAGCGGUGGAGUAGGUAACCCUGACUUUGAGCUGCUGCAGAGACUGGCUGCAGGUGGCGCAGCGAGUCGGGUCCUCUUCCACCCCCUUGCCCUCGGCCCUCAGGGCCCCCAGAGCCUCUACGCUCCCAGCACCAUCCGCUAUGCUCCGCCUGAGCUGCCCCCCUCGCACCACCACAGCACGGGACACGGCGAGGGCCUGCAGCUACGCUCGGACCACCACAAGGGACCCCCGCCGGCCUUCUUCCCCCACCUGCAGCGGUUGGCUGGCCUGCCACCCUUCAGCGGUUUCUCCCCGUCUGACAACCCAUUCUCCUCCGGCCUGCCCUUCUGUAUGAACGGACUGAGGGGGGCUGCGGGCUCAGAGGAGGACUGAGACUUGAAAAAUGAAGGACAGAGCAGAGCGGAGUGACAGACCAGAAAGAGAGACAGUGAAAAGGGCAGCAGAGAACAGAAGUGGCAGGACAUUAAGCCUCUGAGGACGUUACUAAUUGGACGAUGAGUUGAAUAACUGCGAUCUAAAAUCUGUGACAAGACGCUGCCACGGGGAAUUAUUGUGUCAGUGACUCUGCGACAAAACACAACAUGGGAACUUUUGACGCGAUGUCCCUGCAGACUUUUCGUCUUUACAACAAUAAUGAACUCUGCUCUGUGUCUUUCUCUCGAUAACUGUGUUCCUGUGUCUCUUCCACUCAGAGAAGCCAUAUUGUACAUAGAGACAAAACCAUAAAGACCCUCAGCUCACAUCCUCCUCACUGUCACCCAGAUUAACAAAAUUAACCCUAAAGCCAGUAGAGAAAGAGAGAGGGAUGGACACUCGUCUGUAGGAAUGACAGUAACUUUGGGAUAUGAAUUUUUAUUAUUGCAGUAUUAUAAAAAUCACCUCUGACACAGGUGAUUAUAGGGUUUACCUUAAAAUAGAUGGAGACAGCCCUCCGGUGUUUUUUAUUGAGAUUUAAAAUGAUAAUUAAAAAAACACAAGUAUUCAUCAGUCAGCCAUACUUAAAGCACACUAUUGGGACAAAAAUAUGAAUAAAGUAGUCCCAGACAUUCCAUUAUGUAUAAGGGAAGAAAAUGCAAUGCAGACAGGACGUUAUUUCUGUUGUUUGAUUUAGGGAGAUCAUUGGUUUAACUGAGUAUUAAUUAUAGUAUAUUCUGUAUGAUGCUGCGGUUGAGUUUGUGUAUGAAAGCCAUAUUCUUGUUUUAUAUUUUGAAGUGUUUAUUGCUGUUAUUACCAGAUAAUACAGAAGGAAGAAUUGUGCGAUAGACAGAGGGGAUCACUUUGUUUACUGGAUGUAAAAUAUCAUCCAAAUACCUUUUUUAUUAUUCUCCAUAAAAGACAUUUUUGAAGAAUGUCCUUUUUUUGGAGGGAAAAUGUUGGACAGAUGUUUUUUUUUUAUCAUUAUAACCUGUGUUUUUUCUGAGCACUUACUGAAAUUAGUUCUGUUCUGAACUCAAAGCACUAUAUCACUUAACACUGACUGUGUGAUCCUGUUAAAACAGAAAACAAUGCAAGAGUGGUCACUAAUACGAUGGUGUGACCACUGUGAAAAAGGGAAGGGAUACAUAAACAGACCAGGGACUGGUCACUAAAAGACGACCAUAAGAGGUCAAUAAAAAACUGAAUUAUUCUGAGGGUUUCAUUUCAGGUUGGUCUACUUCUAAAUGAAAAUAAUGGAACUAUUAAACACUUUUGCAUUUCUGAGAAUUAAUUUUAUGACUGUAGAAAAUAAAAACAAAACAAAUUUUACAGGAAAAAAACACUUUUUUUCUCUCUGGGUUGAAUUCUUACAAAAAACACCUAAACUAAAAAAUGCGGUAUUCUGAAAUGGGAACGCUUUUUUUUCUGUUUUAAAAAAUGUUUGCAUCACACAGUGAAAUACAUUUGAAGAAAAUGAUGAAAAAUUAAUUUUUUUCCAUAAUAAUUAGCCAUAAUUACUCGUCAGAAAAUUCUCUUGGACAGCACUUUGGAAUAAAGUCAUUCAAACUGAUCUAUUGUGGAAUCAAAAUAAAUUUCUAUAAUAUGUUGAAAAGUCUUUGAAAUGAUCCCCCACUGUAAUUAAGUUGUUUUUACCUACAUUUUUUUAAUCCAAAUUGAGAUGAUGGUCGACUGCCUGACUUUAAAGAUCUGAAAUCUCUCAUGUUUUGAUUUUUGAUUUCAAACUAAGAGUUUAAAAAAAGCAUUUAUCAUUUUUUCAGCUCCGAUGUGCACUACACACCCAUACAAAUAUGUGUGAGUGAGCGAGCGAGCGCACACAUUCUCGGGUGUUUAAUGGUAUAACUCGUGUGUAUGACUGUAUGUGUGUGUGUGUGCAAGAAUGAUUUUCCUUUUUUUUUGAUUGAAUUAAAUAUCUAACCCCUUGCCCAUCACUGUGAAGCUAACAUUAUCCUCCAUCUUUGUGAAUACUUCACCAACUCAUGAAAUAAAAUGAACAAAUGUAAAAAGAAACAGUGAUACAGAUGACGAUAACAAUAAAAUAUUCCAGUAGAGGAGCACAACUCAA